AUGGGCCUCGCCAGCAAGCUCGCCGCCGCCUCUGCCGCACCGGGCGGCGGCGGUCACUCCUAUGGGGCGCCCCCGCCCGCGGCCGGGCAGCAGUACUCUGCGCAGCCUCAGGGCUACCCACCCCAGCAGGCGUCCCAGCAGGGCUAUCCCCCUGCGCAGGCACAGCAGGGCUACCCGCCGGCCCAAGCGCAGCAGCAGCAAUAUGGCAUCCCCCAGAACGGGCCUGCAGGCAGCUACCCGCCCCAGCAGGGCGGCAUCUUGCCCCAGCAGCAGGCCGGGCAUUCGCCCUACCCCCAGCACCCCACCAGCUUCGCCUAUGGCGCCAACGCAGCCAACCCGUCGGCGCCCCUUGCGCCCCAGCAGGGCUACCCCGGCGCUGCUCCUCCUCAGCAGCAGGGUUACCCCGGCGGCCCCCCGGGGCAGCAGCAGGGCUACCCUGGUGCCAAUCCAGCUCAGCAGCAGGGCUACCCUGGUGCUCCUCCCCACCAGCAGGGCUACCCCGGCGCACCCCCGCCCCAGCAGCAGGGGUACCCUGGCGCCGCUCCGGGCCAGCAGCAGGGCUACCCUGGCGCUCCUCCGGGGCAACAGCAGGGCUACCCCGGCGCGCCCCAGCCUCAACAGCAGGGCUACCCUGGUGGCCCCGCUGGCAUGGGGGGCGCCUCUGGUGGCGGCUUGAGCGCUCCCUCAAUUCUCGCCCGUCUCCAGAAGAUUGUGCAGGUCAACGGGCUGCAGCGCUUCUACCCGCCGCAGCAGCUGGAGGCCGUGGCGCAGCGCGUGGCACGCGUCGAUUUCCACGGCCUCGCCGCCAGGUGGCGCAUGCCCGUCGAGCUGGCGCUGGAUUUUGCCGCGCUGGCGCUGUAUGACAUUGUGCUCUACGCUGAUGACUCAGGCUCCAUGGCCUUUGAGGACAAUGGCGAGCGCAUCGAAGAUCUGAAGCUCAUCCUUGGACGCGUCGCGGAGGUGGCCACGCUGUUUGACGACGACGGCAUCCUGGUGCGCUUCAUGAACUCGCCAGUGGAGGGCAACGGCAUACGCAGCGCCGCAGACGCGUCCGCGCUGCUCAGCAAGGUCACCUUCGGCGGCACGACCCCCCUGGCGGCCAGCAUGGCGACGCGCGUGAUCAACCCGGUCGUGCUGUCCAUGGCACAGCGCGGCCAGCUGGCCAAGCCGGUGCUCGUUAUAUCCAUCACCGACGGCGAGCCGACAGAUACCCCCAAGGACGCGAUCCUGUCUCUGAUCCGCGACGUGAAGGGCCGCCUGGCGCAGGCCUAUGGGCCAAAGGCCGUCGCGUUCCAGUUUGCUCAGGUGGGCCGCGACUCGCGCGCCCAGGCGUUUUUGGGCAAGCUGGACAAGGACCCCGGAGCUGGUGAUGUCAUCGACUGCACAAGCUACUUUGAGCAGGAGGCCGAGGAGUACGCGCGCAAGGGUGUGACGCUGUCUGUUGAGGCCUGGCUGCUGAAGCUGAUGGUCGGGGCCAUCGACCCCUCAUACGAUGCGGAGGACGAGGCCUAG